AUGAAGUCUGGCUCCGGAGGAGGGUCCCCGACCUCGCUGUGGGGGCUCCUGUUUUUCUCCGCCGCGCUCUCGCUCUGGCCGACGAGUGGAGAAAUCUGUGGGCCGGGCAUUGACAUCCGCAACGACUAUCAACAGCUGAAGCGCCUGGAGAACUGCACAGUGAUCGAGGGCUACCUCCACAUCCUCCUCAUCUCCAAGGCAGAGGAUUACCGCAGCUACCGCUUCCCCAAGCUCACGGUCAUCACCGAGUACUUGCUGCUGUUCCGAGUGGCCGGCCUCGAGAGCCUCGGAGACCUCUUCCCAAACCUCACGGUCAUCCGUGGCUGGAAACUCUUCUACAACUACGCCCUGGUCAUCUUUGAGAUGACGAAUCUCAAAGAUAUUGGGCUUUACAACCUGAGGAACAUCACUCGGGGGGCCAUCAGGAUUGAGAAAAAUGCGGACCUCUGCUACCUCUCUACUGUGGACUGGUCCCUGAUCCUGGAUGCGGUGUCCAAUAACUACAUUGUGGGGAACAAGCCCCCGAAGGAGUGCGGGGACCUGUGUCCGGGGACCAUGGAGGAGAAGCCGAUGUGCGAGAAGACCACCAUCAACAACGAGUACAACUACCGCUGCUGGACCACCAAUCACUGCCAGAAAAUGUGCCCGAGCACGUGCGGGAAGCGGGCGUGCACCGAGAACAGCGAGUGCUGCCACCCCGAGUGCCUGGGCAGCUGCAGCGCGCCCGACAACGCCACGGCCUGCGUGGCCUGCCGCCACUACUACUACGCCGGCGUCUGCGUGCCCGCCUGCCCGCCCGGCACCUACCGGUUUGAGGGCUGGCGCUGCGUGGACCGCGACUUCUGCGCCAACAUCCCCAGCGCCGAGAGCAGCGACUCGGAGGGGUUCGUGAUCCACGACGGCGAGUGCAUGCAGGAGUGCCCCUCGGGCUUCAUCCGCAAUGGCACGCAGAGUAUGUACUGCAUCCCUUGUGAAGGUCCUUGCCCCAAGGUCUGUGAGGAAGAAAAGAAAACAAAAACCAUUGAUUCUGUUACUUCUGCUCAAAUGCUCCAAGGAUGCACCAUCUUCAAGGGCAACUUGCUCAUUAAUAUCCGACGAGGCAAUAACAUUGCUUCAGAACUGGAGAACUUCAUGGGGCUCAUCGAGGUGGUGACGGGCUAUGUGAAGAUCCGCCAUUCCCACGCCUUGGUCUCCUUGUCCUUCCUGAAAAACCUCCGCCUGAUCUUAGGAGAAGAGCAGCUAGAAGGGAAUUAUUCCUUCUAUGUCCUCGACAACCAGAACUUGCAGCAGCUGUGGGACUGGGACCACCGCAACCUGACCAUCAAAUCGGGGAAAAUGUACUUUGCUUUCAAUCCCAAAUUGUGUGUUUCCGAAAUUUACCGUAUGGAGGAAGUGACGGGGACUAAAGGGCGCCAGAGCAAAGGGGACAUAAACACCAGGAACAACGGGGAGAGAGCCUCCUGUGAAAGUGACGUCCUGCAUUUCACCUCCACCACCACGUGGAAGAAUCGCAUUAUCAUAACUUGGCACCGGUACCGGCCCCCUGACUACAGAGAUCUCAUCAGCUUCACUGUUUACUACAAGGAAGCACCCUUUAAAAACGUCACAGAGUAUGAUGGGCAGGAUGCCUGUGGCUCCAACAGCUGGAACAUGGUGGAUGUGGACCUCCCACCCAACAAGGACAUUGAGCCUGGCAUCUUACUGCAUGGGCUGAAGCCCUGGACCCAGUACGCUGUGUACGUCAAGGCUGUGACCCUCACCAUGGUGGAGAAUGACCAUAUCCGUGGGGCCAAGAGUGAGAUCUUAUACAUUCGCACCAACGCUUCAGUUCCUUCCAUUCCCCUGGACGUACUUUCAGCAUCAAACUCCUCUUCUCAGCUAAUCGUGAAGUGGAACCCUCCCUCUCUGCCCAACGGGAACUUGAGUUACUACAUCGUGCGGUGGCAGCGGCAGCCUCAGGACAGCUACCUUUACCGGCACAAUUACUGCUCCAAAGACAAAAUUCCCAUCAGGAAGUACGCCGAUGGCACCAUUGACAUCGAAGAGGUGACAGAGAAUCCCAGGACCGAAGUGUGUGGUGGAGAGAAGGGGCCUUGCUGUGCUUGUCCCAAGACCGAAGCCGAGAAGCAGGCCGAGAAGGAGGAGGCUGAGUACCGCAAAGUCUUCGAGAAUUUCCUGCACAACUCCAUCUUCGUGCCCAGACCUGAAAGGAAGCGGAGAGACGUCAUGCAAGUGGCCAACACCACCAUGUCCAGCCGAAGCAGGAACACCACGGCAAUGGACACCUACAAUAUCACAGAUCCAGAAGAGCUUGAGACAGAGUACCCUUUCUUUGAGAGCAGAGUAGAUAACAAGGAGAGGACUGUCAUUUCUAACCUCCGGCCUUUUACAUUGUACCGCAUCGACAUCCACAGCUGCAACCAUGAGGCUGAGAAGCUGGGCUGCAGCGCCUCCAACUUUGUCUUUGCAAGAACUAUGCCCGCAGAAGGAGCAGAUGACAUUCCUGGGCCAGUGACGUGGGAGCCGAGGCCUGAAAACUCCAUCUUUUUAAAGUGGCCAGAACCUGAGAAUCCCAAUGGAUUGAUUCUAAUGUAUGAAAUAAAAUAUGGAUCACAAGUCGAGGAUCAACGGGAAUGUGUGUCCAGACAGGAGUACAGAAAGUAUGGAGGGGCCAAGCUGAACCGGCUAAACCCAGGGAACUAUACAGCCCGGAUUCAGGCCACCUCUCUCUCUGGGAAUGGGUCGUGGACAGACCCUGUGUUCUUCUAUGUCCAGGCUAAAACAGGAUAUGAAAAUUUCAUCCAUCUGAUCAUUGCCCUGCCCGUGGCCGUCCUGCUGAUCGUGGGAGGCUUGGUGAUAAUGUUGUACGUCUUCCACAGAAAGAGAAAUAACAGCAGGCUGGGGAACGGAGUGCUGUAUGCUUCUGUGAACCCCGAGUACUUCAGCGCGGCUGAUGUGUACGUUCCUGACGAGUGGGAGGUAGCUCGAGAGAAGAUCACCAUGAGCCGAGAGCUCGGGCAGGGGUCGUUUGGGAUGGUCUACGAGGGAGUUGCCAAGGGCGUGGUUAAAGAUGAACCCGAAACCAGGGUGGCCAUAAAAACCGUGAACGAGGCCGCGAGCAUGCGUGAGAGGAUUGAGUUUCUCAACGAGGCUUCCGUGAUGAAGGAGUUCAACUGCCACCACGUGGUGCGGUUGCUCGGCGUGGUGUCCCAGGGCCAGCCAACGCUGGUCAUCAUGGAGCUGAUGACACGGGGUGACCUCAAAAGUUACCUCAGGUCUCUGAGGCCAGAAAUGGAGAAUAAUCCAGUCCUAGCACCUCCAAGUCUAAGCAAGAUGAUCCAAAUGGCUGGAGAGAUUGCAGAUGGCAUGGCGUACCUCAACGCCAACAAGUUUGUCCACAGAGACCUUGCUGCCCGGAACUGCAUGGUGGCUGAAGAUUUCACAGUCAAAAUCGGAGAUUUCGGUAUGACUCGAGAUAUCUACGAGACGGACUACUACCGGAAAGGCGGGAAGGGCUUGCUGCCCGUGCGCUGGAUGUCUCCCGAGUCCCUCAAGGAUGGCGUCUUCACCACUCACUCGGACGUCUGGUCCUUUGGGGUGGUCCUCUGGGAGAUCGCCACGCUGGCCGAGCAGCCCUACCAGGGCUUGUCCAACGAGCAAGUCCUUCGCUUCGUCAUGGAGGGCGGCCUUCUGGACAAGCCGGACAACUGCCCCGACAUGCUGUUCGAGCUGAUGCGCAUGUGCUGGCAGUACAACCCCAAGAUGAGGCCGUCCUUCCUGGAGAUCAUCCGCAGCGUCAAGGACGAGAUGGAGCCCGGCUUUCAGGAGGUCUCCUUCUACUACAGCGAGGAGAACAAGCCGCCGGAGCCGGAGGAGCUGGACCUGGAGCCGGAGAACAUGGAGAGCGUCCCCCUGGACCCCUCGGCCUCCUCGUCCUCCCUGCCACUGCCCGACAGACACUCAGGACACAAGGCCGAGAACGGCCCGGGCCCUGGAGUGCUGGUCCUGCGCGCCAGCUUUGACGAGAGACAGCCUUACGCGCACAUGAACGGGGGCCGCAAGAACGAGAGGGCGCUGCCGCUGCCCCAGUCCUCGACCUGCUGAUGCCUGCAUCCCGGCCCCGCGCAAACAGUACCGCGUGUGCACCCGGCGGCGGGGAGGGGGGAGAGAGGAAGUUUAACAAUCUAUUCGUGAGCCUCCUGUACCUCAGUGGAUCUUCAGAACUGCCAUUGCUGCCCACGGGAGACAGCUUCUCUGCAGUAAACACAUUUGGGAUGUUCCUUUUUUCAAUAUGCAAGCAGCUUUUUAUUUCCCAACCCAAACCCUUAACUGACACGGGCCUUUAAGAACCUUAAUGACAACACUUAAUAGCAACAGAACACUCGAGAAUCCAGUCUCCUAACUCUCUUCCUGUCCCUCCCAUCUUCUCUCCCCGCUCUCUCUCUCUCUGUCUUUCUCACAAACACACACACACACCCCUUUCUCUUUCUUUCUGCUUCAUAAUGGAAAAAUAUUUGCCGCCAGCCUGGCCGGGAAGCCCUUUUUAUCAGAUUGAAGAAAUGGCUGUCCCUGUGGCCCCACGUGACACCUGCAUACACCUGCCUGACACCGUAGGUCUUUAUAAAAAACACACUGAGAUGGAAAUUUUUAACUGUAUCUUUAACCUUUUUAGGGGACAUAUGAAAUUUAAAAAGGGCCAUCGUUCAUCCAAGGUUGUUACCAUUUUAACGCUGCCAAAUUUUGCCAAAAUCCUGAACUUUCUCCCUCAUGAUCCCUGCACUGAUUUCCUCAUGUCCAGAGGCCCAGGGUGAGCACAGUGUCUUGUCACUCGUGGGAGAGGCACGCUGGUGAUGCACUCCAUCCGACUGUCCCGAUGUUCUCUUCAAGUCCGCAUUCACACAGGUCUCAUUGCUUUCGACUAGGUAAUGAUGGUGGGGAGCUGGACACAAUGAGACUGUCUCUCAGUGAAGAUGGGGAGAAGCUGAACCCCGGCUUCCCUGCCCCACCACCCCCCCAGCCCCCGAAAAUUCUGGAGGAAACAGGCCCUGCAGGCGCCUGGAAGACAGGCUCUGCGUCCUGGCCAAACGAAUGCCUGCUCUCUGCCCCAGCCCCAGCCCCCUGCCCGGCCCCCAGGACACAGAAGGGAAGGGGUUUCCAGGGACUCAGCCCAACCGUUAUUGCAGGUUUGCAAGGAAAGAAAUCCAAACACCACCACAACAGUGAGAAGAAAAGCAGUUAAAUGGAUUCAAGCAUUCUAAGCUUUGUUGACAUUUCCUCUGUUCCUAGGACUUCUUCAUGGCUCUUACAGUUCUAUGUUAGACCAUGAAACAUUUGCAUACACAUCGUCUUUAGUGUCACUUUUAUAACUUUUUUACGGUUCAGAUAUUCAUCUAUACGUCUGUACAGAAAAAAAAAAAAAAGCUGCUAUUUUUUUUGUUCUUUAUCUUUGUGGAUUUAAUCUAUGAAAACCUUCAGGUCUACCCUCUUCCCUUCUGCUCACUCCAAGAAACUUCUUAUGCUUUUGUACUAGAGCGCGUGACUCUCUUCCUCUUUUCCCGGUCAUUGAUACUUCUGCGACAUGAUUUGCCAUGAACUGUUUGAUGCCUUUUUAUAAAUACAUCCUCCCCUCCCGGCUCCCACCUGCCCCAUUAGUUGUUUUCUAACCCGUAGGCUCUGUGGGCACGAGGCUGGUGAGGGAACGAGGCGGAAAGGAGCCGGGGGCCGCAGCCCCUCUCCCCGGCCGCCCUCACGCGGCGUUGGAGUCUGUUACAGUGCAAGACAUGAUACAAACUCAGGUCAGAAAAAAAAAGGUUAAAUAUUUCGCACGUCCUCGUUCAGUGUUUAUAUCCACCGUUGUUGAGAAGCCUCACCUUCUCUUUCCCUUGCCUUUGUUUUGGUUGUGACACACACAUAUAUAUAUUUUUUUAAUUCUUGGGUACAACAGCAGUUUUAACUGCAGAUGCUAGGCAUUUGGAUGACUAUUUUUUUUUUUAAUGGCUAUUUAAUCCAUCCCACGAAAAACAGCUGCUGAGUCCAAGGGUGCAGCAGGGCGGGCUCCAGUGGGCCUUCGGCCCCCACCCUCGCCAGACCCACCUACCUGCCUGUAGAACCAGAACAUCCCAAGGGGCCGCCUCCGCUCCUGGGGGAGUGUGGCCGGGGUCUGAGCCGGCCCGGGGCGACAUCCUCAGGGGUGUGCACAAGCCGGCGCCAGGUCUGCCGGCCAGGGCACAGGGUCGGGCAGCGCAGACGCCGUGGUGGCCCAGGAGCCCCUUUGCCCCUCCCAGGGGACCCGAGCUCUGGGGCUGGCCUCGCUUUCCCGCCCCGGCCAGGAAUCCAAGUCCUCGGGGGGCCCUGGGGUCUUGCUUUAUUUAGUUUUUAGCACUUCUCACCAGAGUGAUGACAGCACAAGAGUUGCUUCUGGGGCGGAAAUGUUUAAAUUAUGAGUGAGAACAAAGCUAAAAUAUGGCAAUUGCUAGUUGUGACUGGAGAUUAAACACAAAAAAGAAAGUUUGUAGUGCUUUUUGCUUGUCAGCAGUUUCGGUCUCACUGCUUCCUCUAGCCUGACCCAGAGCGGGUUCCCUUUUAAAGGAAAACUAAAAGAGAGAGAGAAAAAGAAAAAAGUUAAUUAAGAAGGUAUUAUAUGUAGGAGUUUUCUUUUAAUUUAUUUCGUGAUACCAGUUUCAAUCACUGUAGAGACGCCCCAUUAUGAGUUUAAGUACUGAGGAAAGGGUUUGUGUGCGUGUGUGUGUAGACAGGACAGUUUUUUGUUUUAUGUUGGUUUUUUUUUUUUUUCCCAAACAUUUAUCUACCUCACUCUUAUUUUUUAUAUGUGUAUAUAGCAAAAAGAAUACAUCUCACGUUUCUUAGCACCUGACAAUAGGCCGCUGAUACUGGUAACCUCAUCCACGCCACAGGCUACACACCCAGGUGACACGGGGAGAGGACAGGCUGAAUAUUCCGGGGUCAAAGCAACACUCACUCCCCUCUCCUCCCAUUUCAGACAGCUUGCCUUUUUCUGAGAUGUCUCCUUUCGUGUUGCUUUUGUUCUUUCUUCUAACUUGGUUUUCUCAGAGAUCGUGAGGGGUUAGGAUGAGAAGGGCACUGGAGCUCGGCUGCCCUGGCUGGUUGUCCUUGGAACAGACUAUUUUAUGCAGAUUGAAUGACCAACAAAUUUCAUCAUUGAGAGAGUAGCGGUUCUCCUGGUUUUGAGACAAAAAUGUGCCCGGGGCGGCGGUGGGUCUCUGCGGGAAUCCCACGUGCAGUUGUGCAGUGUCUGUGGUUUGCGUCCCUCGGCUGCUGCCCGUUGCAGCCCUGGACGAGGCCCGCACUGAGGCCGGCACUUGCCGCCGCUGUUGCUGCGUUUGUUCCAUUCAAAGGCGCAGCUGCGUCAGCAGUUCGAGAACUUGGUCCACCUGACCUCUGUGCCAGCUUGCAGAGGUCCCUGGCAUCACAGCCGAGCCCAGGUGGCAUGCACACAGGAGUGAGGUGCCCGUCCCCUCCAGACUGCUCUCCUCUCAACUCCCCACCCCCAGGGGGAACAGACCUACCAAACCUCCGGGCUGGACAGGCCAGUGGUCGGCACCGAGCCUCCCACCAGGGCUGUGCCUCCGCCCGUCCUGCUGCUCAUAGGGGUGGACGGCACUCUCCCGCUUCCAGAAGCUGCUCUUACAGGCACUGGUGAUUUUUAUCUGGAAACGUGGUGGGUGGUUUUCCCCAAGUGUGACUGGCUCCUUCCCAGAUCCAGGACUGAGUUAAGGUCAGGAGCCUUUUCCCUCCUGCGAGAACACUUACCCCUCUCUCCCAAGUCCCCGGGGAUCUUAAGGUCUUUGACAAACAUCGUUUGAUCAGGGUUUUCUUCUUCCACACUGUAGGUGACCCCUUGGAAUAGUGGCCUCUCCUCUCUUUUGCACAUACAUACCGGUUUCCACAACUGGAUUUCUACAGAUCAUUCAGCUGGUUAUAAGGGUUUUGUUUAAACUGUCCAAGUUGUUGGUGUCAUUUUGUUUUAGUUUUGUGUAGGUGGUUUUUCUUUAGGUAGAAAGAAAACACUAACAGUGUAGUGCCCAUCAUAACAAAUGCUUCAGAAACACUUCAAUAAAAGAGAACAUUUUGCUUGUGUGAUGGUGCAGUCAUUUUAGUGGACCAACCCACCCACCUUGACUCUACCAAGGCAUCAUCUGUCCACAGUUCUAGCCUAAUUUCAUGCUGAUUUCCCACCUCUUCUUGAUUUUUCUCUUUUGUGUGUUCCAAAUAAUCUUACGAAGCUAAGUUGUGGCAUUUUCCAUGCAACCUCCUCCUGACAGCAGCUCACACUGCUUGAAGUAACAUGAACCACUGAGGCACAUCAUGGAAUUGAUGUGAGCAUUAAGACAUUCUCCCACACAGCCCUUCCCCUGAGGCAGCAGGAGCUGGUGUAGUCUGGAGACGACGUUGAACUUGAGCUGUGUGAGACCCAGACCACCCCGGGUCUCCUUCAUGGGAUGUCAUGACUUUUGACACGCAGUGGGAAUGAGAUUCCUCCUUAGAAGAUAGAAGACCGUGUUCGUGGCCAACGCUGGCCCCUCCUUCCAGCCUGUUUUUUAUGACCAGGAACAAUGUUUCAACGGUAGGAAAAGUGGCUCCUUAAAAUAGAAGAGUGGUCACUGUGGAACUACCAAAUGGCAGAAUGCUCGGUAUGAAGGGGCGUGUUCUGUUUGGUUGGAUGACAGAUUCUAGGCCAGUUUGUUCCACUGACGCUUCUUGCUCAGCAGCCGCCUCUGUUGGCAGGUGGCUGUGUGCGGGCGGCUGCUGUGGCAAAGUCACACUGGGCUCAGGUGGGUGAGAAGGCAAAGAUGCUCAUGUGUGGUCCUCAGCUGUCACUGUUGGGUCCUCCAAGGGUGGCCAGAUGGCGUUGAUGGCCACUCCCUUCCAAAUCAUAGGCACCCUCCGGUUGACAGUCACCCUCCAUGGUAUGACUUGGCCUGUUCCAGCAGUCCCAGUAACGCACUGAAGGUUUGGGGUUUGUUCUUUGUUAAUGUUACUUUAUGUUGUCAGCUGUCUUUUCAUUUCCUGGGCUAAGCGGCGCUGGGAGACGUGGACCAGAGAUCCACUCCUUAAGAACCAGUGAUGAAAGUCAAACUUUCUUUCUCCACUCUGAAGUAGUUGGUAGUACAAAUGAGAACUUCAAGAGAGGAUGUUAUUUAGAUUGAACCUCUGUUGCCAGAGAUGCUGAAGAUACAGACCUUGUACAGGCCAGAGGGUUGGAUUUUUGGCCUCCAGCUUACAUGCUGGUUGGUCACCUGGAGAAAUGAGCACGCCUUGAUGGUGGAAUGACCAGGCGGUAGGAAACCAUUGUCACGGGGAUCACGACAUGAAGAGGAGGAUUGCGUUGCGAGCAGCAGGGUGCAGGGCUUGGAAGAAGCGUGGGCGAUGUUUUGAUUUUGAUGGUUUCUGAAGGUGUCAGACCACAUCAAGGCUCAGCCGGUCAUCCAUGGGCAUUUGGUUUCAACAAAUAAACCCAACAUCCUACUCUGGAAACUUACUGCGGAUUUAAGUCAAAUUGUUCAAGAACACGAACUACAUCGCACUCAUCAGUUGUCAGUUCUGGGGCAUGACUUUAGGGUUUUGUUUUAUUUCGUUUCUACAAGAACAUAAUGAUCACUCAUUUGUAUGUCCAUGUUUGUGUGUCCGCAUCUUUCUGGUAAACAUUGUUUUAAUUAGUCACUCAUUAGCGUUUUCAAUAGGGCUCUCAAGUCCAGUAGAUUACGGGUAGUCAGUUGACGAAGAUCUGGUUUACAAGAACUAAUUAAAUGUUUCAUUGCGUUUUUGUAAGAACAUAGAAUAAUUUUAUAAAAUGUUUGUAGUUUAUAAUUGCCGAAAAUAAUUUAAAGACACUUUUUUUCUCUGUGUGUGCAAAUGUGUGUUUGUGAUUCAUUUUUUUAGGACACCUGUUUACUAGCUAGCUUUACAAUAUGCCAAAAAAGGAUUUUACCCUGACCCAAGCCGUGAUUCACCCUCUUUCCCCCCCAUGCUUUGUGCCCUAGUUUAUAACAAAGGAAUGAUGAUUUAAAAAGUAGUUCUGUAUCUUCAGUAUCUUGGUCUUCCAGAACCCUCUGGUUGGGAAGGGGAUCAUCUGUUACUGGUCAUUUCCCUUUGGAGCGUAGCGACUCUAACAGAUGGCAAGAACCUCAUUGGCCAUGGAAACAGCAAAGGUGUUGCAGCCCAGCAGUGCAUGGCACUGUUAGCAUCUGGUUUGUUGGUCUGGCUGUCGUCAUUGUCAUGCAAUGCCAUAGAGAUGGGAAGACUUGACUGCACAGAUGAUGGUUUUCAGAAUGAUCACAGCAUACAGAUUGAUCACACAAAAGAUGACAGUCUGGGGCACACAGGCCAUUGGCUUCCAUGACUCAUGUCAUGAUUAAUGCCUUGUUCUAACAAGGAAGAGAACGUAUUUAUUUUUAUUUAAGGCAGAACACCGAAGAUAACAUUUUUCCAAUGCAGAAUAGAUUCCUUUUAAUAAAAGCUACAACACACAAAAUUAAUUUUUUGAAAGUUUGAUUCCACAUCCUCUAGCACCCGACAGAUUAUUGGCCAUGUCUACCCAAGUCCACAAUGUCCCCAUCAUUGGAAACAUCUGGAAUUUUUGCACCACGUAGGAGAAAGGUUCAGAAACAAUUUGGUUUUUGUUUUCAACUUGUCAUUUAGCUGUUUGGCGUUGCACAGACACAUCCACAGGUGGAAGAGGUGCCUGGCAGAAACACCUGUCUGCUUUCUAAGCCAGUGAGGUUGGGGUGAGAGAUUUGCCAGAGUUUGUCUACCUCUGGGAUUUAAAAAAAAAUCAAACCAGAAGGUGCGAUGGAAUGGAUGCAUCGCAAACAAUGCAUUUUCUGAGUUUUCUUGUUUAAAAAAAGUUUUUUAAAAAAAGUUUUAAACAAGGUAAUAACAUGGCCAAUUUGUUACAUAAAAUGACUUUCUGUGUAUAAAUUAUUCCUAAAAAAAAAUCCUCUGUUUAUAUAAAAAAAAUCAGUAGAUGAAAAAAAUUUCAAAAAUGUUUUUGUAUAUUCUGUUGUAAGAAUUUAUUCCUGUUAUUGCGAUAUACUCUGGAUUCUUUACAUUAUGGGGGGAAAAAAAGAAACUUUGUCUAUUUUGAAUGGCUGAAGCUAAGGCAACUUUAGUUUCUCUUACUCUGCUUUUUUCUAGUAGUUAAGUACUACAUGGUUUAAGUUAAAUAAAAGACUUCUGUAUGCA